AUGGGAACGGAGAGUUAUACCUAUAUGGGACGGAGUUUCAACGAAUUCACCAUCAACGACGAUUCUACUUCCUCCGCUUUCAGCGACUGUAACAGUGAUAGAUCCGGCGAAUUCGCCACCACUUCUUCUCAAUCCCGACGACUCAUUAUCGCCUGUGCUUCCGAAGAUUCCGAUGACCUCAUCCGUCAACUCGUCUCUGAUCUUCACUCCUCUUCAAUCGAAGAACAGAAACAAGCCGCCAUGGAAAUCCGGUUAAUCGCGAAAAAUAAACCGGAAAAUCGAAUCAAAAUCGCGAAAGCCGGCGCGAUUAAACCUUUAAUUUCUCUAGUAUCUUCGCAAGAUCUUCAGCUGCAAGAAUACGGCGUCACUGCGAUUUUGAAUCUCUCUUUAUGCGACGAGAAUAAAGAGCUUAUAGCUUCUGCCGGAGCGAUUAAGCCGUUAGUUAGAGCGUUAAACUCAGGAACUUCAACGGCGAAGGAGAACGCAGCCUGUGCUUUACUUCGUCUCGCGCAAGUGGAAGGGAACAAGGCAGCGAUUGGACGAUCCGGUGCGAUUCCGUUACUAGUGAAACUUCUAGGAAGCGGCGGAAUCCGCGGGAAGAAAGACGCGUCGACAGCGCUGUACACGCUUUGCACGGUGAAGGAGAACAAGAUGAGAGCGGUGAAAGCGGGGAUUAUGAAGGUUUUGGUUGAGUUAAUGGCGGAUUUUGAAUCGAAUAUGGUGGACAAGUCUGCGUACGUUGUGAAUGUUUUGGUGUCGGUGCCGGAGGCAAAGACGGCGCUGGUGGAGGAAGGUGGCGUUCCGGUGUUGGUGGAGAUCGUGGAAGUUGGAUCUCAGAGACAGAAAGAAAUCGCGGCGGUUAUUCUGUUACAGAUUUGUGACGACAGCGUGACGUAUCGAACCAUGGUGGCUCGCGAAGGUGCCAUUCCUCCUUUGGUUGCAUUGACGCAAUCCGGCACUAAUCGCGCAAAACAAAAGGCUGAGAAACUGAUUGAGCUUCUGAGGCAACCAAGAUCUACACGUAGUACAUCAGAAAUAGUACUAGCAUAG